AUGGGGAAGCUGGUUAAGGUCAGAGACGAUAACAGGGACCCAAAUUCUGGAACCCCAGGGAUGAGGGAGAAGUCAAAAGUACUACCAGAGUUUGUGCCACAGCUCUACUGUCCCAUGGUUGUAGUUUCAUCUACUGAUAAAGCAAUGCAAAGAGGAAGAGUGUGGUGGCUGAGAUGGCAGGAAUACCUAAACAAAUAUAUAUAUGUAUUUUUUUGUAACAGAAAUCGACUUAAAGCCUCAAGAGAAGUAGAAUCUGUAGACCUUCCAAACUGCCACCUGAUUAAAGGAAUUGAAGCUGGCUCUGAAGAUAUUGACAUACUUCCCAAUGGUCUGGCUUUCUUUAGUGCGGGUCUAAAAUUCCCAGGACUCCACAGCUUUGCACCAGAUAAGCCUGGAGGAAUACUAAUGAUGGAUCUAAAAGAAGAAAAACCGAGGGCACGGGAAUUAAGAAUCAGCCGUGGGUUUGAUUUGGCCUCAUUCAAUCCACAUGGCAUCAGCACUUUCAUAGACAACGAUGACACAGUUUAUCUCUUUGUUGUAAACCACCCAGAAUUCAAGAAUACAGUGGAAAUUUUUAAAUUUGAAGAAGCAGAAAAUUCUCUGUUGCAUCUGAAAACAGUCAAACAUGAGCUUCUUCCAAGUGUGAAUGACAUCACAGCUGUUGGACCGGCACAUUUCUAUGCCACAAAUGACCACUACUUCUCUGAUCCUUUCUUAAAGUAUUUAGAAACAUACUUGAACUUACACUGGGCAAAUGUUGUUUACUACAGUCCCAAUGAAGUUAAAGUGGUAGCAGAAGGAUUUGAUUCAGCAAAUGGAAUCAAUAUUUCACCUGAUAAUAAGUAUAUCUAUGUUGCUGACGUAUUGGCUCAUGAAAUUCAUGUUUUGGAAAAACACCCUAAUAUGAAUUUAACUCAAUUGAAGGUACUUGAGCUGGAUACACUGGUGGAUAAUUUAUCUAUUGAUCCUUCCUCGGGGGACAUUUGGGUAGGCUGUCAUCCUAAUGGCCAGAAGCUCUUCGUGUAUGACCCGAACAAUCCUCCCUCAUCAGAGGUUCUCCGCAUCCAGAACAUUCUAUCUGAGAAGCCUACGGUGACUACAGUUUAUGCCAACAAUGGUUCUGUUCUCCAAGGAAGUUCUGUAGCCUCAGUGUAUGAUGGGAAGUUGCUCAUAGGCACUUUAUACCACAGAGCCUUGUAUUGUGAACUCUAAAUUGUACUUUUGGCAUGAAAGUGCAAUAACUUAACAAUUAAUUUUCUAUGAAUUGCUAAUUCUGAGGGAAUUAGCAACAUUGACCCAGAAAUGUAUGGCAUGUGUAGUUAAUUUUAUUCCAAUAAGGAACGGCCCUUUUAGUUCUUAGAGCACUUUUAACAAAAAAGAAAAAUGAACAGGUUCUUUAAAAUGCCAAGCAAGGGAGAGAAAAGAAAGCUGCUUUUGAAUAAAGUGAAUACAUUUUGCACAAAAUAAGCCUCACCUUUGCAUUCUAACUGCCAGAACACGGAUUCCACUGAAAUAGAGUGAAUUAUAUUUCCUUAACAUGUGAGUGACCUCAGUUCUGGCACUGUGACCACUAUGGCUGUGUAGAACUACUGAUAAUAACGUAUUCUGAUGUUUUGUACUUACAUCUUUGUUUACCAUUAAAAAGUUGGAGUUAUAUUAAAGACUAACUAAAAAUCCCA